UCAUACCAAGCCGCCACUUCAUCACAAACCAUCGUCGAGUACGCACGACUAAUAAAUAUUGCGCGCGCUAUUUAUACAGAGUUCAUUUGAAGUUUUUGGUGUAUUUUUUUGUACAAGGCAAGAUGAGCGGAAACUUCCUUACAAUCCCCGGUGAUGAUCCUAUCCAGCGAAGAUCUAGGAGUUCGUCUUUAUCAGACCUAAUAUCAUCCUUCGACACAAAGGCGCAGGCGCACAGUGAACUGCAGAAAGUCACAGCGUUCAGCGGUCAUUUCGACAAGAAUCACAAGCCGACCUUCUCCAAAGAAGAAUAUGGCAAACCAAUCCCCGGUUCGAAGACUGAACACCGAGGGGCGGAGGCACAAGCAAGAGUUUGUACAGAAAUGAAGGAACUGUGCGAGAUAAUCAAUGAGUACGGCAAAACUCCUUGCAAGAGCCUCUUGCCUCCAGAACUUCAGAGUGCCACCAAAGUUAUAUCAUUCGGAGAACUUUUUACGAUAUACACAGUCAUUUCAGACAAACUAGUAGGAAUAUUGCUAAGGACGAGAAAGCAUCAAUUGACGUUCUUUGAAGGCGAAGUUUUAUUCCAGAAACGCGACGAUGACGUUCCGGUGUUCCUGAUGCAACCAAUAGACGAUAUAAGGACGUACUGUAACAAUAAAGCACUUCAAGCUAGACGAUCUGUAUCACCUAUGCCUAAUUAGAAAGCAAAAUCUCGAUUUGAAAGAUUUUCCAUUUCGAUUCUUUGUAAAAGACUACUAAAAGUGCUUCUAAAUUAAAUUAAUCCUAUGCAAACUAUAAUUAAUUUUAGAAUAAUCAGAAAAGAAGGGACCCCGCGUAGCAAUUUGUAUUUGCUUUUAAUGUCUAUUAAUGGAUAACAUUAGAUAUAUUGUUAGAAAUAAAUAGAUGGAAGUGGGUGACUGCGGUAAUUUAGAUUCCAAAUAAUACUUCACUAAUUUCUCCAUAAAGAAACUGCACAUUUUUCGCUAUAAAAUCAUAAAUUCCAAAAUCAAUUUGAAAACACUUGUAUCUCGUAUCUAUCUUACUAAUAUUAUAAAUGCGAAUGUUUAGAUGGAUGGAUGUUUGUUUGAAGGUGUCUG